AUGACAGACAAAGCCACUAAAGAAGAGGGAGCAGUGGCCAUGACCGACCUGCUGGAAAGAUUGCUGGAACAUUGGGCGGAGGAAUCCUUACAGCCAAACUCGCCGAUUAACCUAAUUGAAUUCCUCCACGAAUCAGAUGAGACGGACACUUUAGCCUUUGACGACUUGGAAACAGCGCUCGCCGAGAUGGAGGAUGACUACCCUAAGGUCCACGACCCGUUAUUAGAAAUAAAUGUAGGGACCGAGCCCGAACCACGGCCUCUUUUUGUAAGCCAGCUUUUGAACCCUGAAUUAGCAGCCGAGAUUAUCGACCUGCUCCAUGAAUAUAAGGAUUGUUUUGCUUGGGAUUAUCAUGAGAUGCCAAGAAGUUUGGUCGAGCACGAGCUAAAGAUUAGGAAGGGGUUUAGGCCUUUCCAACAGUCGCCGAGGCGAUUCUCGACCGAAGUACAACUUAAGGUCAAAAAGGAAAUUGAAUGGCUCCUUAAAGCCGGCUUCAUCCGCACGGCUCGGUACGUUGAGUGGUUGGCUAACAUCGUACUAGUUUUGAAAAAGAUUGGGGCUUUGAGGGUUUGCACCGACUACAGAAAUCUAAACCUCGCGACCCCCAAUGACGAGUAUCCCAUGCCUAUGUCCGACCUCCUGGUGGACGGAGCCGCGAAGCACGAGCUCCUGUCUUUCAUGGACGGCCACGCUGGUUACAACCAAAUCUUCAUAGCAGAGGAAGAUGUCCACAAGAUGGCGUUCAAAUGUCCAGGCGCAAUCGGGACUUAUGAAUGGGUAGUCAUGCCAUUCGGCCUGAAGAACGCUAGCGCAACGUACCAACGAGCUAUGAACCUUAUUUUUCACGACCUAAUUGGCCGAACCGUUGAAGUCUACAUCGACGACGUUGUUGUAAAAUCCCUAUCCAAAACCGACCACAUGGGGCAUCUUCGACAUGCUUUCAAUCGAAUGCGGGCACACGACCUAAAGAUGAACCCUAAGAAAUGUGCUUUCGGCGUCACCGCCGGGAACUUUCUCGGUUUCUUGGUUCACCAACGAGGGAUCGAGGUAGAUAAAAAUAAAGCCACAGCCAUUAUGGCAGCACCUCCGCCAAGGACCAAGAAGGAACUCCAGUACUUCCUCGGUAAGGUCAACUUUUUAAGACGGUUCAUAUCCAAUUUGGCAGGGAAAAUCCAGCCGUUGACUCCUCUGCUCAAACUGAGAGACACGGAACGGUUUGUGUGGGGGGCAGAACAUCAAGCGGCCCUCGACGACAUCAAGAAAUAUUUAUCUCAACCACCGGUCCUUAUGCGGCCGAAAAGAGGGAAACCCUUGAGGCUUUACAUUUUGGCUUCAGAGGGCUUUAUCGGUUGUCUGCUGGCUCAGAACAAUGAGUCUGAGCGAGAACAAGCAGUGCACUAUCUGAGUCGCACCCUUAACAUGGCCGAGCUAAACUAUUCACCGAUUGAGAAAUUAUGCUUGGCACUUUAUUUCGCGACCACCAAGUUGCGCCAUUAUAUGCUUCCUUCGGGCAUUCAGAUCAUCUCCAAGACCAACCUCAUCAAAUACAUGCUCACUCGGCCGAUCAUACGCGGCCGGAUCGGGAAGUGGACGAUGGCAUUGUCCGAAUUCACCUUCCAAUAUGUGGCUCAGAAGUCGGUCAAAGGUCAGGCAUUGGCUGAUUUCUUGGCCCACCACCCGGCUCAGGGGCAGGAAGAAGAGUUGGAGGUCGAGAUCGGCAUGCCCUGCAUGGAGAAGAACUACUGGACCAUGUACUUCGAUGGCUCCAGUACCGAGACCAGAUCUGGGGCCGGGGUCGUGAUCGAGUCCCCCCAAGGACAAAGGUGGCAAUUUGCAUUCCAGCUUGAUUUCAAAUGCACCAAUAAUCAGGCCAAAUAUGAAGCGCUCAUCAUCGGCUUUGAAAUUCUAAAAGAAAUUAAGGCGACCCGUAUCCUAGUCUACGGUGAUUCUCAGCUGGUAAUUAACCAACUGACCGGGGGAAUACUAGUGCAUGAGCGAGAAUUUAACCAUGUAUUAUGUAACGCCCUCAAUACGGCGGACGAGUUUUCUAGGAUCUCCUUCGUUCAUGUGUCGCGCGCCGAAAACCAUGAGGCCAAUGAGAUGGCCCAGGUAGCGUCAAGUGUGAACAUUCCGGACAGCAACCACGACCGCGUGAUAAGAAUCGAGAAGCGUACCCUUCCGGCUUUGGCCGAGUGA